GAAGUCCCACAGGAUCUUCUACAACAGCUCAGAGACUGGAGGAAUCGACCCCUGAGGCCCACGGUCUAUCGACCUCAUCAUCUACGCUGAAGGAAAACUAUCCAGAGACCAAUACGGAAGGAAGCUGCAAGACUUUGCCUCUGGCCAGGACGCGCGGGAGGAAAGCUGGGCAGUGUCGUCACUUUUGGGGACCGCAGGGCCCUGAGAAAGCAGCGGGCUGCUGAGCUGGAUGAACCCUGCACGGAUCCCCAGGGGGGACUGAAAUUGUGUGGCUAGAGUCACGGGGUUCAGAGAGGACAGAGACGGGUUCCAGACAACGCCCAAGGGAGAGUGUCGCUGUCCCUGGUGCUGAAAAGUCCCCUGUCGGGUCGGCUGCUUGAGCUGUCCGGUGCUGAACCGAAUGCGGCGCUCAACCCUGAGCUUGCCCCGCCGAGCAGAGCCGGGGAGCUGGGCUGGAGAGAUCUGACUGACGCAGCGCCCUGAGAAAGCGGGAAGCCGCGAGCUCCAGGCGGGAUGGACCUGCAAAGAUUGGAAUCCUACCAGGCUGGAGCCGGCCCUGACUAUACGGACCACAUCUUGCAUAAGACUGUCCUGGUGGGUGACAGCGGUGUGGGGAAGACAUCUCUUCUGGUGCAAUUCGACCAGGGCAAGUUCCUGCCACACUCCUUCGCAGCCACCGUGGGCAUCGGCUUCACAGUGAUGCUUCUGGGAGACUCAGGCGUCGGCAAAACCUGUUUCCUGAUCCAAUUCAAAGACGGGGCCUUCCUGUCCGGGACCUUCCUAGCCACCGUCGGCAUAGACUUCAGGAACAAGGUGGUCACAGUGGACGGAGUGAGGGUGAAGCUGCAGAUCUGGGACACAGCAGGGCAAGAGAGAUUCCGCAGUGUCACCCAUGCUUACUAUCGAGAUGCCCAGGCCUUGCUCUUGCUGUAUGACAUCACCAACCAAUCUUCCUUCGACAACAUCAGGGCCUGGCUCACUGAGAUUCACGAGUAUGCCCAGAGAGAUGUGGUGAUUAUGCUACUGGGUAACAAGGCCGAUGUGAGCAGUGAAAGGGUGGUCCGGUCCGAGGACGGCGAGAUGCUGGCCAGGGAGUACGGAGUCCCCUUCAUGGAGACCAGCGCCAAGACGGGCAUGAAUGUGGAGCUGGCGUUCCUGGCCAUUGCCAAGGAACUCAAGCACAGAGCCUUCCAGCAGGCCCAUAUAGAUGAACCCAGUUUCCAGAUCCGGGACUAUGUGGAAGCCCAAAAAAAGCGACCCAGCUGCUGUUCCUUCGUGUGAACCACCCACCCACCCACUCCCCAGGGCCGGAGACGAGGCUCCAAGGGCCACAGGAUGCUGCUGCCAGUUCCUCCGCAGACCCAGUCUAUUCUAAGCUGCUGCACAUUAAUGGGGAGGGAAUUGGGGUGGGGGGGAGCAGUGUCCAGCAUAUCCCCCAGCCCGCUGCCCGAAUUCCUAGAGCUUCCUAACAUCCCCUGGGGGGAAGGUGAAAUAUUUAUUUACUUUUUCUUUUGUUUGCUUUUAGGUUUGGGGCCAUACCUGGCCCAGGUGCUCAGGGUUUACUCCUGGCUCUGUGCUCAGAUAUCACUCCUGGCAGGCUCCAGGGAUCCUAUGGGAGGGAGGCCGGGGAUUGAACCUGGGACAGCCACAUGCAAGGCAAACCCCCCCUCCCCGCUAACCUAUCGCCUCUUCCCCAUUUAUAU